AUGACAACACUAGAGGCUACUUCAAAGCCAAAGAUUACGGUGGAAGUUGCGAACGAAGAAAAAAAUGGAGACAACUCUUUAAAAAGAUCAUUAACACCACAGAAUAAGGAUGAACCACAUAUCGAUAAAAAAAAAUACAAGAGAGCUGUGAAAGUGAACAAUGGGCAAUACAAAAAGCCGAAGAUAGAUGCUACAGGGCCAAUAGGUGUAUUAGAUAAAGAGAUUACUUCCUUAAUCAGGGCGGAAAACUUAACAUCGGACUCGAUACUCAACGAUGUAGCAUAUGUGAUGAAUAACAAGGAUAAUGAAGAACUUAUAAGUCAAUACCAUCGUGUCGAAGAAAACGUUCGUGUUUUAAGAUUAACUUCGAGCGGUGAAGGGAUGGCUAUUGUUGAUCAUCCACUAGACAAAACACACAAGCAAGUAGUUAUUAUUCCAUUUAGUAUCCCUGGGGAUGUUGUUAAAGCCAGACUUUUCAAAACUUUAAAUAGAUAUGUACAAGCUGAUUUGCUAGAAAUAACAACUCCUAGUUUAAAGAGAAAUGACGAAAGAAUUACGUGUAAAAAGUAUUUUGGGUCUUGCUCUGGAUGCCAAUACCAAAUGAUGGAUUAUGAUGAACAGCUAAGAGUUAAACGUAAAACAGUAGAAAAUGCCUAUAAAUAUUUUGCACCAGAAAUUUUUCACCUAUUACCAGAAGUCGGCGAUACUGUUGGCUCACCAUUACAGUUCAAUUAUAGGACCAAGUUAACUCCACAUUUUGAUUUACCACGAAGAUAUCUCAAGAUGGUUAAAAGGGGUGAAUUAGAAAAACUUCCUAAAUUAGCAUUGGGGUUUGGAUGUAGGGGCAAGCCGGAAUGGAGGAAAACUGAGGGCUUUGUGGAAACCACAAGACAUGUCAUUGAUAUCGAGGAGUGUUCUAUAGGCACUAAAAUUUUGAAUAUUGGAUUAACCAACGAAAGAAGAGCGUUUAAAGAUGAUUAUGUAAACUAUAGAAAGGGUGGUACUAUUUUGUUGAGAGAAAAUACCAAUGUAUUAAACAAAAAUGCUACUGAAGAAGAUAUUCAACGAGAGCUUACAGAAGGGUCCAGAAAUGAGGAUACUAAAAUUAGUUACAUUGAGGAGGAUGUGAGUGCCGAUAAAAAAUUGGUUAAAACUUGUGUUACCGACACUAAACAAGUUGUGUCGGAAUAUAUUAACGGACUAACUUUUAAAUUUGUAGCGAAUGAAUUUUUUCAAAACAAUGAUUCAAUCCUACCUCUUGUUAUUGAUUAUGUGAAGCAAAACUUGAUGAUUCCAAAUGUACAGGAAACAGAGGCAAGAUACUUGGUUGACGCGUACUGUGGAUCUGGUUUAUUUAGUAUAUCUUGUUCGCAAGAUGUUGAAAAGGUUAUUGGUGUUGAAGUUUCGGCUGAUAGUGUCAAAAUGGCUUCUAAAAAUGCGGAAAGAAACUCCAUUAAGAAUUGUACCUUUCUAUUAGGAAAAGCAGAAUGCAUUUUUGAAAGUAUUGAUACACCAAGUGAUUUCACAAGUGUUAUAUUAGAUCCACCUCGUAAAGGCUGCGAUGAGAUAUUUUUAAGACAAUUGGCAGCAUAUAAUCCCGCCAAGAUAGUUUAUAUAUCUUGCAAUGUUCAUUCUCAAGCAAGAGAUGUUCAAUACUUUUUGACAGAAACUGAAAAUGGAUGCAAGUAUAAGGUGGAAAGUAUCAGAGGGUUUGAUUUUUUCCCUCAAACUCAUCAUGUUGAAGGUGUAUGUGUUUUAAGUAGACUUUAG